UUCCCUCUCCUCGUGCCAUUUCUUUCGCCUCUCGAAUCCCCCCCAAACUCUCAACUCAAACUCUCUCUUUCCUCACUUCCUUCCUCUACAAAUCUCUCACCCUCGCUUUCUAUCUAAUAGAGUGAGUCUCUGUUUGUGCCCAUGCGCGUGGAUCUGGAUUAUUUUCUUUGUCUUGUUCUCUGCGCUUUCUGAUCCAUUUCUGCUCUGAAUCACAAGCGAAAAGACUCGUAGCAGCUUCGAUUUUUGCAUAUACUCCAUCUUGGUCUAAUUCAGGCUGUCAUUCUACUCUUUGCAUGGUUAUCGGCUAGUGGCUUUGGCGUAGCAUCACAGAUUGAGAAUGCCUUGCAAAACAACUGAGAGUGAAGAAGGAUCUCUGCCUAAGGAUCAGUGCGAGUCUCCAUUGAUUAAUGAAAAUAAUGAAGGCUGUGCGGGUGGAGGAGUUGUUCUAAAAAAAGGACCAUGGACAUCUACUGAAGACGCAAUUUUGGUGGACUUUGUCAAGAAGCAUGGAGAGGGGAACUGGAAUGCUGUUCAGAAGCACUCUGGGUUGUUCCGAUGUGGCAAAAGCUGUCGAUUAAGAUGGGCAAAUCACCUAAGGCCAAACUUAAAGAAAGGUGCAUUUACAGCUGAAGAAGAACGGCUGAUCAUUGAACUUCAUGCCAAGAUGGGAAACAAAUGGGCUCGGAUGGCAGCACAUUUGCCUGGUCGUACAGAUAAUGAGAUAAAGAAUUACUGGAAUACCCGAAUUAAGAGACGCCAACGAGCUGGCUUACCUCUUUAUCCUCCUGAAGUGUGUUUUCAAGCAUUGCAGGAGAGUCAACAUGGCCAAAACACUGUUGGAGUCAAUGGGGGGGAUAGAGGGCAUCAUGAUAUUUUGCUGACCAACAGUUAUGAGAUACCCGAUGUCAUAUUUGACAGUCUGAAGGCCAAUCAGGGUGUCUUACCAUAUGUCCCUGAACUUCCUGAUAUCCCUACAAGCAGUAUGCUGUUAAAAGGCCUUGGUUCUCCUCAAUAUUGUACUCUGCAACCAAUAAUGCCUAUUCAGAAGCGUCUUCGAGAAUCAAAUGAGUUAUUCCCUGGUCCCAGUGCUAGUGUUGGAAAUGGCUUCUCCUCAUUUGAGCAGUUUCAAGAUGAUACUUGUGAUAAAGUUGCUCUGUCAUUUGGAUUUUCUCUUCCUCUUGAUCCCGAUCCUGCCAUUAAGAAUUCAGAGUCUUUUGGUGUAAUUCAGGGCUGCCAUUCCCUUUCAAAUGGCAAUUCCUCUGCUUCUAAGCCCACCUCUAGGGCUGUGAAGUUGGAGCUCCCUUCACUCCAAUAUGCAGAAACUGAUUUCAGUAACUGGGUUGCAUCUUCUCCACGUCCUUUACUUGAGUCAGUUGAUGCUUUUAUCAAGUCUCCUCCACCAGCUGGUACAUUUGAGAUAGAUUGUUCUUCACCACGUAACAGCGGUUUGCUGGAUGCUUUACUUCAGGAAUCAAAGAAUUUGAGUAGUUCAAAGAAGCAUUCAUCUGACAAGAGUUCAAACUCAUCUAGUGCCACUCCUGGUGAUAUAGCUGACAGUUCUACUCUGAACAUUUGUGAGACAGAAUGGGCAGAUUAUGGGGAUCCCAUUUCCCCAUUUGGUCACUCUACAACUUCACUUUUCAGUGAAAUCAGUCCUAUCAGUGCUUCUGGAAGUUCGAUGGAUGGACAACCAUCUGCCGAGACCUUUACUGGGAUCAUUGUGAAAUCGGAACCAGUGGACAUAGCCUGGACUUCAGAUAGAGAAGAAGAAUCCACAGCUAGGUUGAGUUUUACUCAGCCGGAUGCUCUACUUGGGGUAGACUGGCUUGAGCAGAGUUCUGGGUGUAUUAAAGAUCAGAGCACCUUUGCAACAUUUCUUGACGAUGAUUUUGACAUUGACUACAAACACAUGGCGGCAGGAACUUCUACAUCAAAUCAAGGAUGGGGACUUAAUUCUUUUGCAUGGAAUAACAUGCCUGCUGUCUGUCAAAUGUCUGAUCUUCCUUGAAACUGCUGUCAAUUUUAUGAACUUUAAACAUUUGUCACUUCAUUCAUGUUGAUGAUUUGGUCAAUGUGGGUAGUCAGACUACUGAAAAAUCUCCCUUGCGGGUAUUACUUCUGGAACAUAUGCAACACUAAUGGGUUCUUUGUUUGUGGUUUUUUGUAUUUCUUGUUUUUAAACAGCGAACUGCAUGUGCGCAUUCUACCUUUUUACUGAAACUGUAAGAUAACUACUAAUUUCAAAUCUGGAAAAUGGCGAUUCGGUUGUUUCUGGUUAUUGGCUGA